GAUAUCUCUUGAAAGCAUUUAAAGAUGCCCAAGUAAAUUUGUAUACAAAGAAGUUAUAAGCGCAGUCAGGUUGUUAAGUAAAUAAACUAGUAUUGGUUCUGGGGAGAAAAAAAAACACCAUGCCUUCGGACUUCAUCACGCCUUUCCAGGAAUUGGAGGAUGCCUUCUGCAAGAGUUUCCUCUGCUUGAAGUUGACUGAGCCUUCUGGUGCUCCAGAAAAGAAAACUGUGGGAUUCCAUCGCAGACUAUCUUCUCGUCCUGACACUGUGCCCAGAUUUAAUGGAAGUAGCACAGACUCCCUUGAUAACAGCUGCUGGUCACUUAACUGUUCUUGGAAUAGGGACACUGAGCUACCCCGAUCAAAUUUAAACCAUAUCCCAUUCCUUCUUGACCGUUCCAUCAGUAUGAUUGAUAACAAGACCAAUGGUUUUAGCGUAGCUCCUUCUGCUUCAGAAACUGGUGUCAGUACUGCUAAAACCUCCCCGGCUGUUAUCACUUCCCGAUACAAAACGGAGCUGUGCCGUACUUUUGAAGAGAAUGGAACCUGCAAAUAUGGAGAAAAGUGCCAAUUUGCUCAUGGACAGGAAGAGCUUCGUGGCCUCAGUCGUCACCCUAAAUACAAGACCGAGUUGUGCCGUACUUACCAUACUGUUGGCUACUGUCCCUAUGGAACCCGCUGUCAUUUCAUUCACAAUGCAGAGGAACAACGUUUAGUUCAGACAUCAAAUGUAAAACUGCGCCAAGAACGUCCACAACUUAGACAGAGUGUCAGCUUUGGAGGAUUCCCUUCUAACUUGCAUUUCCAGAACCUACAGGAGCCACCAGCCUUCUCAAGGACAUUAUCUGCAUCCACUCCUCCUUCUGGCGGAAGCCCUGAUUUGCAUUCUUCCAUUCUUCCUGAACCUGGACCUCUAAAUCGCACUUUUUUUUGCAGUGAUCAUCUCAACAUGAAGCCGGCUUCUUGUAUUUUUCCUGCUGCAAAGCUAGGUUGUGCUUAUUGUGGGUAUUGUGAAAGCAAGCUCCAGUCUUCAAUAGUAAAAGAAAAGUACAGCCAGUGCAAAACUGCUUUCAUCCUUCCAGGUAUUUCUGCUCGAAGGCGAACAUCCUCAACUGAUUCACUGUCUGAUCAAGAGGGCUCUAGCAGUUCUAGCAGCCUAGCAGGUUCAGAGUCUCCAGAUUUUGACAGCUGUGGGAGAAGGUUGCCUAUUUUCAGCAGUCUCUCUCUGACUGAGGAUUGACUUUCACCUUUUAGGGAGUUCCCCUAUAUGGGGUGCACAUUUGAAAUCCCCCCCCCCCCCACAGUAGAAGAAUGUGUGAACAUUAUUAUUUUAAAGGCUUUCAGUUAGAGUUUAAUAAUAGCUUUACCAAAAAAGAAAGAAAUCAAAAUAGUCUCUGCAUCUCUAGGCACUGUUGUUUUUUUAUCGUGUUAUUUAUUACUGAGGUGAUGCGUUUUCAAUUUACUCCUGAGUGUAGCAUUUCCACCUUCAAUAUAGUGGUGAUGUUUGGUUAAAAUUCAGUGAUAUUGGUUAAUAACAUUGCAACAGACUACAGUAUCAAAAGUUAGGAUCAAGUCUUAAAGACUAGACCACAGAGGGGAUAACAUCUCCCAUGAGGAUCUCGUCUUUAAAUGGCAUUUAUUGCAUGAAUAGAAACUACAAAUGUUUUUCAGAUUAGUUGUCAGUAGCUCUUGUGAAAAUUUAUUUAGCAUCAGUUUUGUAACUUUCCUACCCAGGUUGCAUUUAACAGAGCAAGAUACCAAGGUUGUGAUGUCUAAACCUAGGUACAGUUACAUACACCACCCUUUCAUAAAUUUGAGCCAUGAAUCUGUAAGGUAGAAAUUUUCACUGCCAUACCAGAUCAGUUUGUAUCCCUUAUUGUGGGAGGCAAGCCUCCCUGCACUCUGAGUGGGGGGUGGGGGGGGUGCUAUAUGCAUUUAACAAGGUUCUGUAACAUAAUCCCAAGUCGCUAAAGCCCAGUUUAUUACAUGUGCAUUAUGAUUUUGUAGUACUUCAGAAAACUAUUUUCUUUCUAACUGAUUAAAUGUAAUGAGUUUUUAAGGUCUUUGCUAUGGAGUGUGGGCACUACAAAGGCAGGAGUGUCUUUAGCAAAGUGUCUAUUAAGAUGAAAGUCGACAUUAUGAUGGUAAGGCCAUCUUAUUGACAGUACUUGACAGGAGCUUACAGGUCACUGAUGUAGUUUAACUUAACUACUGUAUAACGGAUACUAAAGUAAAUCUCACCAAGGUUGUGCACCCUCUGUAGGAAUAUGUGCUUUGUGUGGGUUGGGGUUGCAGUUAUGUAAAUGGGUAACAUAUGAGUAACAUCUCUACAGUACUGUACCUCUUUAGGACUGAGUUGAAAAAGUCAGGCAGUGCAUACAAAUGACACAUCUCAAUUAGGGAAUACAUGCAGGCAUCAUUUCAGUGAUACAGCUGUGUGCUGGUUGUGCUUGGGAUUGUGUUCUAGAACCCGUUUAAAGCUUUGUAGUGUCCCAGUAGUAUACACAAAUUCUGGCAUUAAUUUCACUUUGGCUGACUUGAUCGUACCUGCCAUUCUGGUUAGUAUGGUGUGCAUUUGGUCAUCUGAAUCAAAGGCCCUGGUUGCUUAGAACUGGGGUGGUUGUCAGACUAGUUUGUCUGUUGCAGGGGUGCUCCAAUUAUUUGAGGAAGGUAAAUAUUUAUUGAGGCUUUAUCUCUUUAUGCCCAGCUUUGCCAAAAUAAUGUCUUUGUAUUACAGCAUGUAGGGAAAUCGUGAGAGGGUUGCAGGAAAAAAAUAGUGAUUUAGUAAGGUCUGUUUUAAAGACAGUAUUGGUUUUUGUUGUUUGGAUUUGUAUAUAUUUAUUUAAGUAUAUAUUAUAUAUAGUUAGUCGCUUUCUUUUAAAAAGAAUUCCCCACUUGGGGCUCUUCACCCAGUACUGGGUAGUGGAUUUACACAAAUACUGCCCACUGGUGAUUUUGCUACAGAUAAUGCCUUUUUGUCAUGUACUGCUAAUAAUGUCCAUGAAAGACUGCAUUUGGAAGAAGUUGCCAAAUUCAGUCAUCUACUGGCAUGGUUUUCUGAUGUGUUAGAAGUUAGUGUUUACAAACUGCGAGCCCUGUCCCAUAAAAGGGCUACAGGUGACUCCAUUCCUUUGGUAAAAUGGAGCAAUACAACAGUACAUAGUUUCUAUAGUUAGCUGGCUUCUAAAAAUAUCUGAAAGGGCAGUUUGGUAUUUCAGGUCUAGUGACCUGAUAAGCUAUACAAGAAUUUCUGUUUUUGUCUUGUCUUAAAAGUUUUUGAUUUCAGGAAAUGUGUAUUUUGGAACUGCUAAGUAACUGAAGUAGCCUCAGCAGUGUCGUCUUUCAGUGAUAAUCUCAAGAAAAAAAAUUUACUUCAUUUUAUAUGGUCCUGACGUCGCUCCUAAGUUGUACUCAUGUUAGGUGUGUGGCUGCUAGUUUCUAGCUCAGUAUGGAAGCACAUGUAAGACAGUUUUCAGUUUUUCAUGGUGCACACUGUAGCCUAAGUAGUAAUAAAAUGGCUGGGUGCACACACUUAUUUUUCCUUAGCUCCAAAGUGUAAGUAAAGUUUGUUGAAAACUGAAUUCAGGGUUGAUCUUUGUCUGUAGGAUGUACCGGUCUUUUUCUCCGUUUGCAGGUUGACCAGUUGUAGUUCUAAAGUUGUUUCAGCCCUGUUGUGUUCUGGUUAAACCCUUUGUGUGUUGGUGUAUACAACUAAGUUGGACACCAUUAGAAAAUGUUCUGUAGAAAAGGUUAUGCUGGAUGGUGAGCUGCGGCUAUCUUGUAGUGUGUUUAAUGCUAAAGUCUUCUGUUUUUAAUGCAUUGAUUUUCUAAGACUCUAUACCUGAUGUACAACAGUUUCUGGUUCCUGUGGUUUGCCCACACAAGAAUAUGGACCCCCAAUCCAUCCAAAGAGUAAUAGCUGUAUUUCAGUUUUUUCUAAAGGUAUAGUAGUUCUGAAUUAUAUAUCUAUAUAUAUAUUUUUAAUUUAAUGUUUAAAAUCUAGUUAAAGCUUGCAAUCUCUUUCUCUGAGUUGGAUUAGCAUUCCACAGCUUGGUGGAUAUGUCUCUAAAUGUGUUUUUAAUUUAUUUCUUGUUUUAAUUUUUAUUUAAGUAAUUUGGUUUACAUUUACAGAUGGAGAAGGCAAGCACAAGUGCCUUCACUAUAAUAUAUUUUGUACUUUCUCAUUCUUAAUAAAAUAAGGUUGAAUAAGCAAA